AUGUCUUAUAAUGAUUCUAUGUUUUUACCGCCGUGGAAUACAUGGUCAAAUGAUUUCAUUAACGCUGAAAAUUGGGACAAAUACAACGAUGAUCAACUUGUAUUUAAACACCCUGGUGGCCAUGUAUGCCUACCAAUAGAAAUUGCCCAAAGUGUCAAAUUAUGGAAAAGACCUGGCGAAAUAUUUAGGAGUGAUGGACUUGUCGUUCAACCUAAAGGAAAUGCAAACGAUAUUGAUAAUUUAUUGACCGUCAAUGAACCACUAAUGAAUGUUAAAGUUUAUCGGUGGAUACUGUAUCACAUUGUAUUAUAUACAUCACGGUUUAAAAAUAAAUGGCCACAACCGUGGCAUCCGUCUAAUUUAGUUUUUUCCCGUUGCAAAACUGAAGUGGCGUGGAAUAAAAAAUCAAAACCCGAGUACAAUCCGUUCGGGAAAUAUUGGCUUAAAUUAUUUUACAUGGGAAAGUUCCGCAUGAUAUGCGUUAGCGAUCAUUUACCAAUAAGUGCCGACGGCCGCAUUUUAUUACCUCUAUGCGAAGACAGCAAAGUUUUAUGGCUACCAUUACUUGUCAAAGGACUGUUACGUAUUUACUCGCUCGCCGACGAGUUUGAUCAAUUCAAUACAAUAACAUGUCUAACUGGAUGGUCUUGUAUUCAAAAAGAUUGCCAACUCGUUUCAAAAGAAAAUGUAUGGUCAUCGAUUUUAUCUCAUUCGUCGAAUUCGGUUUCGGAUAUUGGACAUUUAGAUUCAGACAGCAAACAAAAACCAAAAAAAAGCUCUAAGCAUAAAGAUUGUUUUCAAAUAAAGACUACCACAGGCGCACGAGUAUGCCAUUACGAUGAAUUUAUGUCAAUUUAUGGAGCCAAUCCCCCGAACUCAAUUGUUGUUGGACUUGUAUUGUCACCAACUAUUUAUAAAGAAAAUAAUUCUAAACCAUUGAGCGGAUACUCACAACCACUGUUUUUAAAUUACGCCAAGAUGAUAAGGAAUAAAUCAUUACCAACUUGGAAAAAAUAUCGAUGGGCGAAAUGGGCGACUGACAAUAAUUUAAUCAAAAAGCAUGAACUGAGUGAUUUUAUGAGAUUGAUAAAUGUCUUUGCACCGUGCACCACCAUAUUGAAUCAAACAUCUCCUCUGUUAAAACUCUUGGAUAAAUAUAAAUCGAAUGAAAACGACUAUCAAUACGAGCUAGAUUUUUCAUACUUAAAACCGUUUACUUUAUCUGUACAAUUUUACAUCAAAAAAUAUCAAUCGUUUCGAUUUUUUAAGUCAGUCAUUUUUCAGUGCGAAGAAAGUUCGUUGAACGGCACUGAUCCGUCUACACAAAAUAAUUGCUGCGCCUAUUUACAUUUCGAGUCACCUUAUUGUGAGUCUAUGCUGUUCACAUUAUCAGUUUGCAAAAACUAUACUAUCCGUAACGGUAAUAUUGAACUAGACGCGCCUUCAAACCGCUAUGUAAUUGAGUGGCCAUAUAUUAACGUGGAACAAUUUCUGUGGUACGAGACGAAACUUCCGACACCGCUGUCUACCAUUCGCACAAGAGGAGUGUCAAACGUCGUGAUAAAUUUUAAACCUGGAGUAAACGUGUUGAAAAUAUGGGGUGAACUGCCGGCCAAAUAUUCACUGACAAUUGAAUCGACUGUAGACUUUUCCCUCUUCCAUACGGUGCAAACCGUUUACGAAAAACUCAUCGACCAACCCAAAUCAUUGACGUCCUUGCACGUGUCUAUAAAGCAAAUGUUUUCACACCUAUGUUCCACGGAGCCAAAUACAGGUGAUCGUGGUAAAAACCUAUUAAGGUUUUACUCUUCAUUUUUGCCCUAUUCUGUUAAUAACGAAACCGAAUUGGAGAAAAUUGAAAGAUUAUCGAAUAUUUCGAAACAAGUUCAAACAACCAUGGUAAACAUUGUAGGGAAUAAAUUCCCUAAUGAUGUACAAGUAACAACAGAAUUAUACAUGGAACUACAAGAAUUAUUACAAAACAAGUCUUUGGGAUUAAAAGAGAUGUUUUUAUUAGCGUUUAAACCAAAACCAACGCAAAAAUCAAAACCUGCUUCAAGUCAUUAUAAAAAAAUGAAAAACGAGAAGUCUAUAGUGAUAAAAAAAUCACUUAUUAAAUCAAAAAUAAACCAUGGUAAAAGUACUCCUAUAUCAACUGCAUCCAAAGUACAUACUAAACCAACAAUAUCAAAAAUUAUUUAUGCACAUAUGUUUGAAGUAUUAUGCAAUGUUUUGCAUUCUGAUGAAAUUGACUUGGAUGAAUAUCAUAUUAAAAAUGAUUUAUUUAAUUAUGUAGUUAAUAUUAUUUUCGAUGAGAAUACUACAAAACCUAUCGAUACAUUGUUGUUAUUUCGUCUAGAACUCAACACACAUUCCACAACAGGAUUAGUGCCAACAAUUAUUAAAUAUUCGAGCAAAAAUAACAACAAUUUCACUAUUAAUGUAAUGUUGAUCGACAACGAUACUCAAUUGGAAGUAAUAACAAUGAACAUUGACAUGAAUAUGUAUAUGGUUCGUAAUACCAUUAAGGGAUACACGCUAAUAGGGUGGUCUUCGGAAAAAAUCGUUGAUUACAAAAAUUUCAGUUAUAAACUUGAAUUAUUUGGACGACCGUAUGAAAUAUUACACUCUUGUGGAACACAGAAGGAUUAUAAUCUACAGAAAUACAGCACAACCAUAUGCGAUAGUAUUUACUCACCCGAUUACGUUAUUAAGCAUGUAAAAAAUAAGUUUUACAUGCCUAAUGCUGAAAACCUAUUGGCUAGAGCACUUCUAAACAUCGAAAAAGCCGCUUUAUACACAAUAUACUGUCAUCUAGAACACUUAGAUGAUGUAAUGAUGGAAAUCCGAGUAGUAGACUUAACUGUUACUGGCGGUAAUUCUACAGUAUAUGCAUCGACUCGUGCACGAGGAAAAACAGCAUUGAUUUCAGCUAUAUUUUUAGAUCCAAAUUCCAACAAUAAUUCACCAUCAAAAGAUUCUGAAACAAAAGAAUCUGAAGCUGAAAACCCAACGAGUAUUGUAUUUGUAAUCGAGGUUAUUUUAAUCAAGAACAUUGACAUCGAUUACAUUAAUAUACGAAAUGAUAUAAAUCAAUAUGAUUGGACAAUUUCGUGCACUUACGAUAAGAAAGCUACAGGUAUCACACUCGAAUCAACUGAUGUGGAUUAUAAUUUUCAUUUUAUCAGUUCAAUACCACACCAAAUCCAACCGCCUACUAUUUUACAGAAAUCACAAAACAAAAUACCAACUAUAUCUAAUUCAAAUAUUACCAACAAAACCGAAAAAAAUGACAAUUUAACUCCAAGUUUGAGUUUCCACAAAAUAUUUGAACUUAUGGCAGCCGAUCAAGAUUUAAUCGAAAAACAAUUUUUGGAUAAUGAUUCAAAUGAAUUAUUAAUUGAAAAAACAGCUGCACUUAAAAAUAAAAUAAAAGAAAUAACUAACCAGCAAGAUAUCACUAUAAACCUAUUAAGUUCAACCAUGGAAAAUAAAGCUGAAAGCCGUCUUAAUUCGGUUGAUGAAUUAAACAAACAAAUUUUAAAUUUACUUCAACUUCAACGUAAAUCAAAUAUGAAUGUAAAUAAAUCACGGAUGAUGAAAAAGAAGUCUCGUAUUAAUUAG